AGUACAUAUAUAAUCUCGCCACCGGCUCGACUUCGCCUCAUUCGAUAUAGAAAGUUCCGUCCGAUUGGAGAUCCCGCAGAACCAGCAACAUGACCAAGACCAGAGUUUACGUUAUCGGCGUUGGCAUGACCAAGUUCGAGAAGCCCGGCCGCCGAGCGGAUGUGUGCUACCCGGACUUUGCCAAGGAGGCCAUCACCAAGGCACUGCAGGAUGCGGGCAUCAAGUACGAGGAGGUGCAGCAGGCGGUGGCCGGCUACGUCUAUGGAGACUCCACCUGCGGCCAGCGGGCGGUCUACGAGGUGGGCAUGACCGGCAUUCCGGUGUACAAUGUGAACAACAACUGCUCCACGGGAUCGAGUGCCCUGUACUUGGCCAAGCAGAUCAUCGAGAGCGGCAACUCGGACUGUGUCCUGGCUCUGGGCUUCGAGAAGAUGGAGCGGGGAUCGCUGUCCUCCAAGUACUUUGACCGAGCUAACCCCAUGGAGCGUCACAUCACGGAGAUGGGCGAGCUCACGGAGAUUGGAGCCGGACCCAUGGCUGCCCAGAUCUUCGGCAACGCCGGCAAGGAGCACAUGCAGAAGUACGGCACCAAGCCCGAGCACUUUGGCAAGAUCGCCUGGAAGAACCACAAGCACUCGGUCAAUAAUCCCUACUCGCAGUUCCGCGAUGAGUACACUCUGGAGCAGAUCAUGAAGUCCCCGCAGGUGGUGGAGGGUGUGCUGACCAAGCUGCAGUGCUGUCCCACUUCCGAUGGCUCGGGAGCAGCCAUCCUGGCCUCCGAGGCCUUUGUGCGCCGCCAUGGAUUGGAGAAGCAGGCCGUGGAGAUCGUGGGCAUGGAGAUGGCCAGCGAUCCGGCUUCCACCUUCGCUGACAAGAGCCUCAUGAAGAUUGCUGGCACCGAUAUGACCCGCCUGGCCAGCCAGCGGUUGUUCGCUAAGAGCGGCUACAAGCCCCAGGACGUGCAGGUGGUGGAGCUCCACGACUGCUUCUCGGCCAACGAGCUGGUGACCUACGAGGCCCUGGGGCUGUGCGGCGAGGGCAAGGCCGGCGAGUUCAUCGACGCUGGAGACAACACCUACGGCGGCAAGUUCGUGGUGAACCCAAGUGGCGGCCUCAUCUCCAAGGGUCAUCCUCUGGGAGCCACUGGACUGGCCCAGUGUGCCGAGCUCUGCUGGCAGCUGCGAGGUCUGGCCGAGAAGCGUCAGGUGCCGGGAGCUCAGCUGGCGCUGCAGCACAACCUGGGCUUGGGUGGAGCUGUGGUGGUGGCCCUGUAUCGCUUGGGCUUCCCUGGUGCCUCCAAGGCCAAGUUGUAAGGGGUGGGUUUUAAUUUUCUGUAAAUAUUUUGUAAUACAAGUAAAGUUCUUUUUUAUGUAUUUAAUAA